CUUCCCUCAAAUAGAAUGGAAACCCAGAGGGAGAUGCCCAAGAAAAUCAACAUGGAACAUCUAAUUGCUGACAGGCGGGAAGGAAUUGGUGUCUGUGGCUGGAUCCUGGUUUCCCUUUCAUUCCUCCUGGUGCUUAUUACUUUUCCUAUUUCCAUCUGGGCAUGUAUGAAGGUUAUCAGAGAAUAUGAACGAGCUGUUGUGUUUCAUCUGGGAUGUAUACUGUCUAAGAAAGCAAAGGGAGCAGGUAUGAUCCUCAUACUUCCAUGUAUCAAGGUUGAUCUUAGAACAGUUGCCUGUAAGAUUCCUCCACAAGAGAUUCUCACAAAAGAUGCUGUUACUGCCCAAGUUGAUGUGGUGUACUACAGGAUCUACAGUGCUGUCAGUGCUGUUGCUAACAUCAGUGAUGUCCACUCAGCGACCUUGCUUUUGGCACAGACAACCCUGAGAAACAUUCUGGGUACACAGAGCUUGGCUCAGCUGCUGGCAGGUCGUGAGGAGAUCGCACGCAGCAUCCAGGCUAUCCUCAACAGUGCCAUGGAGCAGUGGGGAGUCAAAGUGGCCCGUGUGGAGAUCAAAGAUGUCAGGAUUCCUGUGGCCAUGCAGAGGGCAAUGGCAGCUGAAGCAGAGGCUGCUCACGAGACAAGAGCUAAGGUUGUGGCAGCAGAAUGAGAAAUGAAUGCUUCUAGAGCUCUCAAGCAGGCCUUCAUGGUGCUGUCUGAGUGUACAGCAGGUCUUCAGCUCUGUUACCUGCAAAUGUUAACAACCUUGGCAGCAGAGAAUAAUUCCACCAUUGUCUUCCCUCUCCCUAUGAAUAUGCUUGGGAUUUGGGGUAGAAAAGUAGAGGGGGAUAGAGACUGUUCUAUGGUAGCUCCUUAGCCAGAGAUAUUUAAAGGUUUCCUCAGGAAGUCAGGGGUUCCAGAUUGCCAGAAUUAAAGUAGAAGCAUGCUUGGGUCCUCUGUCCCAAAAAUAAGAGUAAAAUUAGUUUCAUAAUCCUAUAUAGC